AUGGUGGGGACAAGAACGACAACAACCAACAACGACAAGAAGGACAAGGAGAACAAAAAGUACAAGAAGGACAAGAAAGACAGGAAGGAAAAGGAGUACAAGAAAGACAAGGAGGACAAGAAGGACAAAAGGAAAGGGAAGGACAAGCAGGAUAAGAAGGACAAGAAGGACAAGAAGGACAAGAAGGACAAGAAGGACAUGAAGGUCAAGAAGGACAUGAAGGACAAGAAGGACAAGAAGGACAAGAAGGACAAGAAGGACAAGAAGGACAAGAAGGACAAGAAGGACAAGAAGGACAAGAAGGACAAGAAGGACAAAAGGAAAGGGAAGGACAAGCAGGAUAAGAAGGACAAGAAGGACAAGAAGGACAAGAAGGACAAGAAGGACAUGAAGGUCAAGAAGGACAUGAAGGACAAGAAGGACAAGAAGGACAAGAAGGACAAGAAGGGCAAGAAGGACAAGAAGGACAUUAAGGACAAGAAGGGCAAGAUGGACAAUAUACACAAGAUAGAAAGGAGGAACGAAAACGAGAAGGAUGAAAUGGGUUAG